GCCUUCUGGAAAAAAACAAGCCAGCUAGUUAGUUAGCUUUUUUAUAUGCAUAUAUAGAAACAGUCUAAUCAACAGUUAUAAGUACAUUUUUACGUCACAUCUGGAUAACCGACAUCUGAGGAACAUCGACGGCGGAUUAAAGGAGCUGUUAAAGUGGAAAUGGAGGAGGUUCACCAGAGUGGCAGUAACGGCACCGAGUCACAAUCUGUCACAAUCCCGACCACCAUCACAGCGUCUCAGUUAUCACAGAUCACUCAGAUGACUCUGGGAGGAUCUCCCGUGGCCGUGGUGCAGCUCCCUGGAGGUCAGUUUCAGGUGCAGGGGGUCAUCCAGUCGGCUCAGUCUUCAGUGAUACAGUCUCCACCAGCACAAGUACAGGGUCAGGGGUCAGACAGUGAAGAUUCUCAGGAUUCGACAGACAGUGGAGCUUCGAACCAGAAGACACGAGAGCUGCUGGCCAGACGCCCGUCUUACAGGAAGAUAUUAAAUGACCUGUCAGCAGAGGAAGUAGCGACGCGUAACGAAGGAGAGGAGGAGACCUCGGUGUCAUCCACCAUGACCACUGUGUCUCUGUCCACACCCAUCUACCAGACCAGCAGUGGACAGUACAUUGCGAUAGCGUCGAAUGGAUCUCUGCAGUUAGCGGGUGCAGGCUCCGAGGGCGUUCAGGGCCUGCAGACGCUCACCAUGACCAACUCAAACCCCAACCAGCCCACUAUACUACAGUACGCUCAGACCGCAGAUGGACAGCAGAUCCUCCUACCCAGCAAUCAGGUGGUGCUGCAAGGAGCAGGAGGUGAGAUGCAGGCAUAUCAGAUUCGCUCGUCGUCGUCAGCGAUGCCUCAAACCGUCGUCAUGACAUCACCAGUCAUCGGCUCUCAGGGAAAGAGUGACGAUCCUCAGAUGAAGAGAGAGAUUCGCCUCGCCAAAAACAGGGAGGCGGCUCGUGAGUGUCGCAGGAAGAAGAAGGAGUAUGUGAAGUGCCUGGAGAACCGUGUGGCCGUGCUGGAGAACCAAAACAAAACGCUGAUCGAAGAGCUCAAGACGUUAAAGGACCUGUACUGCGUCAAAACGGGCUAGCGGGUAGCGCUGUGCUAAAUGGACAGUACUUGCAGCUCUGCCUACACACACACACACACACACACACACACACACACACUGGGAAUGUAAGUUCCUUGUUUUUAUACUCCUUUUUAACUAACAGCUUAGGAAGUGCAGGUCUCUCUCUCUCACACACACACAGAGUUUAUGGAGAAUAAUGAUGAUAUUUUUCCUUUAGCUAUUUUUAAUAAGAGAUGAGCAGAUGUGUAUAUAUUUGUGUACGUGUCCCGGGUGCGUGUCCUCACGCCCACAUGGGGAAUAUCCUGUUCAUCAGCGAGCCGUGCGUUUAUUAGGGAAUUUGCGCGUUUUUUCCUCUCUUUUUUUUUUUUUCCCCAGAAGGGCUUAAAUAAACUGAAAGGUGAGAAUAGUUCAGAGCAGGUAGAAACGAGUGAACUCCGCCCCCACCUGCCCCGCCCCUUCUCUCAUAUCUCAUGUUUUCUUCAACAUUGUGACGUGCGACUGUGUGGGUUUUUUUUUUUUCUCCCCUUUUUGACCAAAUGUCACUUUUUUUAAACUCUAAUCAAGCCCAAUUCUUACACACUUUUAAUGAAGAAUCUUAAUUAUUAUUAUUACCGGUAUUAUUAUUUUUAUGUCUGAGGGAACAGCCCUUGAGCCAAAUCUGUGUCUACAAUCAUGAGUUUGCAGCAGACUAAACGGCUAGAUUUCCUGAAUAAAUAAAGCUUUGUGUCUGAAGCUGUUCGGGUUCAGUUCAGGGAGCACGCUUGCACUUCCACAUGCAGGUGACGUUUAUUAAUAAAAUACAGAAUAUACAAAAAAAAAAAAAAAAAACAGGUUUUUGUUUUGUUUUGUUAAGUGAACGUAAAUAAAUAUUUUUUUCCAUUCUCUUUA